UGAUGUCCCCCGCGACGUCGCCGCCGUCCUCGGUGGUGCGGCCGGGCGGAGCGGGCGGCGGUCCGGUGGCGGGCGCGGCGGGCGGAGAGUGGCACCUAGCGUGGACAGCGCAGGUGUACGGCCUCGGCACCAUGUGGGGCGUGCUGGGCGCGCUGUGCCUGCUGGCCGCCGUGUUCGUCGACUCCAGGACGCGCCUCGUGCCCCGCGUCCACUUCACCAUGCUGCUGGCGCUGCUGCUGGCGCUGGCCGCCGCCAACGCCGUCAGCCUCUUCUACGACGUCAUCAACCACGACCAGCUGCUGCAGCAGCAGGAGCGGCAGGAGCGCCAGCACCGGCGCCGGCAGCAGGACGAGCAGGAGGCGGCGGCGGCCGCCCAGGGGCCAGCCGGUGACGCGGCGUCCGCCACCCGGGUGCCUCAGCUCCUCGCCGACCUCACGCUGCCCUUCUUGCCCGCCGCCUUCAGCGUCUUUUUCUUCGUCGUUCUCAGGGUAAACCACGUGCCCUGCGGCAGCUCGGGCGUCCCCCAGACCCCGGCCUUCCUGGUGCUGCUGUUCCUCUUCCUGGCGACCACCAUGUCGCUGGAGGUGGCGGCGUGCGCCAAGGCCGUGGCGGGCGCGGCCGGCUCGACGGCGUGGGGCGGGUCCGGGGUGGGCGGCGGGUGCGGCGGCGGCGGCGGCCUGCGCUCGGCGGCGCGCGGCGUCACGUCCACCGUGGCCGCGCUCCUCGGCCUCGCCUACCUGGUGGUGUACCGGCCGCUGCGGCGCGCCGCCGCCAAGAAGCAGGCCGAGCAGCUGCGCGCCGCCUACACGGCCUUCCGCCGCCUGCCCACGCCCGCCCUCCCCCGCGUCGUCAACGCCCUGCUCGUCUGCGCGCUGCUGCUCGUCUCGCUCGCCGCCAUGGCCACCUACCGACUCAUGGACGCCACGUUCAUCAACAGUAACGCCGACUGGCGCCUGCCACCGUGGUGGUACAUGCGGCUGGCCGAGCACGCGGGGUCGCUGCUGGUCGGCUUCCUGCUGCUCUGGUGCGCGACGCGCGGCCCGUCGCGCAGCUCGGACGAGCGCUCCACCGCGUCGCGCAGCUCGCGCGGCACCCCGGGGGCGCUGUCGCUCGUCUCGUGCACGGGCCGGCGCUUCCUGUUCGACUGCCCCUCGACCGGCAGCGAGGAGAACAAGACGUCCGAGGACAACACGUACCCGGCCGUGUGCGCCUCGAACCACGCCAUCCUCAACUACACGCAGCACACGGGAAACAAGUUGUACGACGACUCGUUCCCGCUGGCCAACCUGCACUCCGGACAGGCGCCCAUCAACGGCUCCGGGGACGACUUCGGCAGCGUGCCCACCAUGCCCAAGCGGACGGCCCGGGCCGCCGGCGCCGGCGCCACCAAGGCGGGCACGCUGCUGCCCUACAACAAGUCCGCGAGGCGCGCGGCCGCCGCGGCCGCCCCGGGACACCACACCCUGGGCCCCGGCGGCCAGCUGUACGACGGCGACCGGGACACGCUGCGGAGGGGGGCACGGACCACCGGGCGCACGCGCAAGCCGCGUCACGCCCGCCACCACCAGGAGGUGUACAGCAACUGUCCGCAGGACGACGAGUACGACUUCGACCAGCGGAUCGACCUGGACGGCAUGGCCGACGAGUUCACCGUGUUCAAGCAGUACGCGAGCACGGGCAGCUCCGAGAGCGCCGACAACUACGACGUGCCCAUCCUGGUGAGCGCGCCCGAGAACAACAAGCGGCACCGGCGGCGGGACCGCGGCGGUGCCUCGGACGGCCCCCACCACGGCGGCCACCAGCACGGCGGCGGCCGGAGGGCGGCCCGCCAGGCCUCGGCGCCCGCGGUCACGGCCCCGGCCGACUCCCUGUCGCCCGCCAGUCCCAGCGACCUGUCGGACUGCGACCGGCUGAGUUCCAACCGGUCGUCGUACGACGAGGCCGGCCCCGUCCGCGGCGGCCACGCCAACCACCACGUGCACCACAACCACCACCGGGGUAAGGUGCUGCUGUACGACGCUUCCGAGGACGACGUGACCCCCGACUCGGCGGUGGUGGCGGACAUCACCACCUCCCCGCGGGGCGGCGGCAGCCACCACAGCCCGCGGGAGAAGCGGGUCGGGGGCGGGAAGCGUCUGGCGCGUCGCCACCAGCCCGUCAGCCAGGAGACGCCGAGCAGUCCGGAGCUGCACGACAACGUGUGGUCGCCGCAGUGAGUCUGUGAUCCGCCCGUAGCGAGGGCGCAAGUGUGUCCUUCCUUGUCCCACGCCCCCACGGCAAGGACACGGCCGCCUGUGCUUGGCCGGCAAGGACUUGAGUGAUGCUGGCCGCGCACGGUGUGGAAGCCGUUUGCCUUAGGUUAUUUGCCUUCUCCUCUGUUGGGGUGCUUUAUUUUUCAGAGUUUUCAGGGUUUGAAUGAUGUGUAAAAAAAUGUCCCCAGCAUUGGACGCCAGGGUGUUUUGUGAGGUUCGUAGAGAGCCUUUCAAACUGUCGUUGUGAAACGUGGACUCUACUUUUGUGCAUCUAAGUGAGACUGUUUUCUAACUGACUCACUGCUCAUUGUGCAAGAAUGAAUUUUCUUGACAACUAACUGCACUAUUCUUAGUGCUAAUCUUGAGUUGAAAGUAAUCGGUACCAAAGUGUUUUCUUCUAUGUAUUAUUCAAUUUAUUAUGUCUCUUGUUAGUUAUUGUUCACUGAUUUUGAAUGUCUAUGUUGAAUGAAUAUCCAUUGAUGGGUGCCAUGUUGUUUUCUUAUGUUUUUCAAGACUGGUUUUAAAACUUCUAUUCUUUCUGUCAAACAAUUUGUAAAAGAAUGUCACGAGUUUUAAGGUAUAGGUAUAUCUGACUGAUGCAAAACCAGUUCUGAUUAGCGCAAUUUGCUCUCUGGAAUUUAAUUACUUAAUGUUGCUUGUUGUCUGUUCAUUAAAGUAAAAUCACAUACCGAAACAUCAGAUUUUUAGCCAAUCAUGGUAAGCUAUAACAAAUAUGGCAAGUUAAAUAUUGUUGGCCUACAGUCCAUAGUGAUGAUGGGAUAGCAUCAGUAAAUGUGUAAUUGAACAUUCCCUCACAGUAUAAUAUAUUUUUUUACAAGAGUCAGAGUUGUAAAACGCAUUAACUCUCUGUGCUGGAUCCUGGACAGCAAAAUUGCAUUUUCCAAAUCUGUUAUAACAUUUUUGCCAAUGGAAUUCUGUUUGGAGAGGAGUGGGCAUUGACUCGAACUUCAUCCAGUGCCAUGCAAACCAUGGAACAAAACUGUUGUAUGCAAUAUCAUUACAAGUGCUAUGAGAACAAAAAAAGCUAUGUUUAUGUGUACCUACAAGUGCACUGUCCCAAAUUUUGUGUCAAAAAAGAUUCCCCACCAAAAACAUUUUUCUAUGUUAAAACAUUGUGAAUUCUGUUGUAAUUUACAAAUUGUGAUAAAAUAAAUGUACAAGAACAAUUAUUA